CUAUCCCAAGUCCCAACACCCCCUACCACCGCUUUUCAAAAAGAAAAACCCAUUUUCCUCCCUUUUUAUUCUUCUUCACUUUCUUUUGAAGGUAAAUUACUCUGUUUGCAAGAAGGAAAAAAAAGAGAAGAAAAGAAAAAACAAUGAUUCUCAAAGCAGUUACUUCUUCUAAGCUCGUUCUCUUCGCCGUUGGUGCCGGCGAAGGCUCGCAUUUCGGUCCGCCGUCGAGUCAGUUGGUUUCCUUCCGCCGCCGAUUCACCGGAAACACCGGUGCCGUUGUGGUUUGCGCCACGAAAGGCGCAUCCAGCAGCGGCAACAGAACCCUAACUGGAGUGGUUUUCGAACCGUUCGAAGAGGUGAAGAAGGAGCUCGAGCUAGUUCCAAAUGUUCCUCAAGUCUCUUUAGCUCGCCACAAGUACGUUGAUGAAUCUGAAGCUGUGGUUAACGAGCAAAUCAAUGUGGAGUACAACGUAUCAUACGUUUAUCAUGCAAUGUUUGCGUACUUCGACAGGGAUAAUGUCGCGCUCAGGGGUCUUGCUAAGUUUUUCAAGGAAUCGAGUGACGAGGAAAGAGAGCAUGCUGAGAAAUUGAUGAAAUAUCAGAACAAAAGGGGUGGAAGGGUGAAGUUGCAGCCUAUAGUGAUGCCGCUUUCUGAGUUUGAUCAUGAAGAGAAGGGAGAUGCACUCCAUGCAAUGGAACUCGCUCUGUCGUUGGAGAAGCUUGUGAAUGAGAAGCUCCUUCACUUGCACAGUGUUGCCUCCAAGAACAAUGAUGUUCAGUUGGCAGAUUUCGUGGAAACUGAGUAUUUGGGUGAACAGUUGGAAGCCAUUUAUGUGGUCGAAGGAGAUAUUUUGCAUAUCAUCAAGGAAAGGUUGCAUCAUGAAGACCAAGAUGAACUGAGUAGAGGUGACUCAAGUCGUGCUCCGCCCGUGGUGAUUAGAUCCUUUGAUAAAAAAAUCGAAGAGAUCUUAGCUAAUCGCAUCGUGCAACAAAGAGGAGUACCACCAUGUAUUCAAUACUUGAUCAAGUGGAAAGGACUCCCGAUAACUGAAGCUAGCUGGGAAGCUCGUGAAGAUCUGUGGCAAUUCCAAGAACACCUAGAGCGCUAUCAUGAACAGAACGUGAUGAGGACAUCUGCGCAUUAGGUGGGGGAGAAUGUC